AUGUUUUUAAAGGCCGGCAACUCUGAUAACUUAAAAAUCAUGAAUGCAUGUGAUGUUCGUCCACAUAACCAGAAUGACAGAAAAACAAAGGCACUCCAGCGAUGGAAGAUUUUAAAACAGGCACUUACAGGUAGCAGUUCCGCAGAAACAUGCGCGAGCGAUGUAUCAGUUCGGCGAUUCUCCAGCUUUGGUUUACUGAAAACAGAAAAAAUAUCCACAACCCCUGAAGGCAAUGUGUGGUUUCGAUACACAGCACCUGGAAAACCAGGUUUCUGUAUGUCUGUCAGACAUUUACCUGGGACUAUGGAUGCCAACACUCUCCUAGGUUUCAACAAUACAGGAAAUGUUUGUGUGUGGCCCGCAGAGGAGGUCAUGACUAAUUACUGCUUCCAGCACUUGGAGAACUUCAGUGACCUUGCGGUGUGUGAGUUGGGUGGAGGAAUGACCUGUCUUGCAGGUCUUGCUUUGGCCCUUGAGUCCAAGGCAGCCCAUGUUGUGUUAAGUGAUGGGAAUGAAGACUCCGUGGAAAAUCUGAAUGUAAUUCUUGAGCAAAAAGACAACCAAUCAAAAUUUGGAAAAACUAAAGUUUCAUCAAGACUUAUUCGCUGGGGUAAGGAUGAGACUCACCAAGACUUGCAUGGAAGCUUCGAUGUCGUCUUGUGUGCCGACUGUUUGUUCUUUGAUGAUGGUAGAGCUGACUUAGCAGAUUUGAUAUUUGACAUUCUGAAACCCAAAGGUAGAGCCAUUUUGUUUGCUCCACACCGAGGGAAUACAUUCCAAGCCUUCUCAGAAUUAGCUAAAGAAAAAUUCCAUGUAGAAGUACAAGAUAAUUACAGCCAGGAGGUGUGGGGACUCCACUGUAAGAUGAAGUCCACUGGCAGUGAUAUGUAUGAUGAAAACAUUCAUUACCCUCGCCUAAUAAUACUCACCAAGGCAGGCUGACGAUCCGUGGUCAUCACUGUGAACAACGCUAAUCUGUGAUACAAUGUAUUCCAAAUACUCGCUGCAUAUCCAAACCAGUGCAACGUGGAUUAUUCCUCAUUUUAUCAUGGAAAUAAAAUAUGUUUUAUAUGA